AUGCAGAUUUCGGCCAUUUUCCUUCUCGUCUCGGUUGCGCUCUGUUCUCACUACGAAGACCGAUACCAAGAGAUGCUCGGCCAUCUGAUGAAGAACAGGAACAUUUUCCUGAAAUGGGAGCAUGGAAUCAACAAGCGGUUUCAAAAGUUUUCACGCGAAAUUUUGGACAUGUUUUAUGGAAGCAGGCGUGACUAUUUUCAACAGCCGUUGCUGCCUACGCCAGAUGAUUUCAGCGAAGAGAUCGAAAUGCCAGAAUUUUUCGAUGCACGUAAAAAGUGGUCCGUAUGCAAAUGGAUGGGAUUCAUUAGAGACCAGUCCAACUGUGGCUCAUGUUGGGCAGUAUCUUCCGCUGCGGUCAUGUCAGAUCGUCACUGUGUUUUUUCUGAUGGAAAGUUUCAGCCUUACAUCUCGGAUGAGAAUAUUCUUUCAUGCUGUCAUACCUGCGGUCGGGGGUGUCUUUACGGCUACCCGUUUCUUGCCUUCGAAUACUGGAUUAAAAAAGGCGUUCCCACAGGAAGUCCACAAAACUACAGUGAAGGCUGUCAGCCGUAUCUGAUCGACUGUGAUGAAUGCACAAUUAAUGCCAGGACCCCACGAUGUUUGCAUAAAUGCUAUGGUGACCCACUUUUAAAUUACAAGAAGGACAAGUUUUACGGUAAGACAGGUGACAUGAAACUACCUUUAAUUUAUGUUAAAGGCAGGCGGGCGUACGCGAUGAUGGGCAUGAACCGCAUGAUGCAAGAUAUCUAUCAGCAUGGACCAAUUGUCGCAGUUCUCGAAUCGUAUGAAGACCUGCGAUAUUAUAAGAAAGGUAUCAAUAUGUAUGUUUCAUAUAAAUGGAUGCAAGUUUGUCAUUAG